AUGUCAAACCAAAUCAAAAAUACCGAGGAACGAAUCCAGGAAGCUCUCAAUACCGUCCGUGAAUUAAUUAAGCCCAAUAUCGCUAAAUUGGCCCGAGAAUUUAAUAGUAAUUCCGACCGCGCUAAAUCAACCAGGACUCUUAAUCAAAUUCAAGAAAGAGUAUUGAUUACCUGGGUUAAAAACCUAGAUAAUUCAUAUACAUCGCCUACCCCAGAUCUCAUAGAAAAGGCCGCUAAUCGCCUUUUAAAAAUGGCGGGUUUAAACCAAACUGUCGGAGGAAACUAG